ACGGUCUGGUCUUCCUUUGCCCCCCAGGCUGAUGCUGGGGUUCAUGGGAGUGACGGCCUUCCUGUCCAUGUGGAUCAGCAACACCGCCACCACCGCCAUGAUGGUCCCAAUCGUCCAGGCCAUCCUGGACCAGCUCCACGACAACGUGGAUCCUGAACCCUCCGCCAAGACCCAGAGCCAGACAGACCUGGACCAGGAACACCGGGAGGAAACCAGCGUCAUCCAGACUGCUGCUCCCAACGUCCUGGACAACGGUCUGAAUGGGGGGACCCCAACACAAAGAAACCCAGAGGAUCCCAGAGACCUACGAGACAACAAGUCCUCCGAGCAGUCCUCAGAGGGUCUGAUGGACGGACAGGAGAUGGGGACACGGACACCUCCAUCAGGGUGCAGGGGACCUGGUGAGUCCACAGCAAAGAUCCCCCGUAGGAACUAA